AUGACUACCGAGUUUCUUCCCGCUUCCGCCAGCUCUGCUUACGAUUACAUUAUCGUGGGUGGUGGCACUGCUGGUUGUGUUCUAGCAUCUCGACUCUCUGCCUACCUCCCUGAGCGCAAGGUCCUUGUCAUUGAGGGUGGUCCCUCAGACUUUGGUCUCAACAAUGUUCUUAACCUCCGAGAGUGGUUGUCGCUCCUCGGUGGUGACCUCGACUACGACUACCCCACAACUGAGCAGCCCAAUGGCAACAGUCAUAUCCGACACUCGCGAGCCAAGGUCCUCGGUGGCUGCUCUUCGCACAACACCCUCAUCUCCUUCCGACCAUUCCGCCACGAUAUGGACCGUUGGGUCGCCAAGGGCUGCAAGGGAUGGGACUUCGAAACCGUCAUGCGCAGCGUUGACAGUCUGCGCAACCAGCUGAACCCCGUCCACCCCCGUCAUCGUAACCAGUUGACUAAGGACUGGGUCAAGGCUUGCUCCGAGGCCAUGGGUAUUCCCAUCAUCCACGACUUCAACCACGAAAUCUCAGAGAAGGGCCAAUUGACCCAAGGUGCCGGCUUCUUCUCCGUCUCUUACAACCCUGACACCGGCCACCGCAGCAGUGCUUCCGUCGCUUAUAUUCACCCUAUCCUUCGAGGCGACGAGCGACGCCCCAACCUCACUGUCCUUACCGAGGCCCAUGUAUCAAAGGUUAUUGUCGAGAACGAUGUCGCUACGGGAAUCAACAUCACCCUCAAGUCCGGCGAGAAGCAUACUCUCCAUGCUCGCAAGGAGACUAUUCUUUGCGCCGGUGCGGUCGAUACACCCAGACUCCUCCUCCACUCUGGUAUUGGCCCCAAGGCUCAGCUAGAGUCUCUCAACAUCCCCGUUGUUAAGGACAUCCCCGGUGUUGGUGAGAACCUGUUGGAUCACCCUGAGACCAUCAUCAUGUGGGAGCUGAACAAGGCCGUUCCUGCCAACCAGACCACUAUGGACUCUGAUGCUGGUAUCUUCCUUCGACGUGAGCCUAAGAAUGCUGCUGGAAACGACGGUGAUGCUGCCGAUGUCAUGAUGCAUUGUUACCAGAUCCCUUUCCACCUCAACACAGAGCGUCUUGGAUACCCCAAGAUCAAGGAUGGUUACGCUUUUUGCAUGACACCCAACAUUCCUCGCCCUCGCUCUCGUGGCCGUAUCUACUUGACCUCGGCCGACCCUACUGUCAAGCCCGCCCUUGACUUCCGCUACUUCACCGACCCCGAGGGUUACGAUGCGGCUACUCUUGUUCACGGUAUCAAGGCUGCUCGUAAGAUCGCCCAGCAGAGCCCCUUCAAGGAGUGGCUCAAGCAGGAGGUCGCCCCUGGCCCCAAGAUUCAGACCGAUGAGGAGAUUAGCGAGUACGCCCGACGUGUCGCCCACACCGUCUACCACCCUGCCGGUACCACCAAGAUGGGUGAUACCGAGCGAGAUGAGAUGGCUGUUGUCAACCCCGAACUCAAGGUCCGCGGCAUCAACAAGCUCCGAAUUGUCGAUGCUGGUAUCUUCCCCGAGAUGCCCACUAUCAACCCCAUGGUGACGGUACUUGCUUGCGGUGAGCGGGCUGCUGAGCUCAUUGCCGCCGAGGACGGCUGGAAGCCCAAGCACUCCCGACUGUAA